AUGAACAGCAGCCCAGCAUUUAGCAGCACAAGUAAAUCUAAAUCAACGACGACUCUCAGGCAAGACAAGCUUAAAAAAGCGGCUUCUGAUGAUAAACUCAAGACACCCAAGUCCCGAGGGUAUCACAUGCCGACUGAAAAGUCACCGGUGACACAUUUCUGUUCGGCCAAACCUCCAAGGACUGAUGGCACACCCUUCAGGACUCCCAGCAAAAAGUUUUUCAGUGAUCACUCUUUGCAUCAAUCUACGCCAGAUUGUUUUGGUGUCGUGCAAUUUGAGACACCAAGAGGUAAGAGUGACGUUGCUACUGAUGAACCAACGCUCUAUGAAGGAGAAACUAGUAAUUUAACUGUCGGCAUUAGAGUUAGGCCCAUGAACUCAAAAGAAUUGAGUGACCCAAAAGUAAUGUCAAUCGUCAAAGUCCAAGGAACGAACAUCACAGUAGACUGCGAUGCAUCACAGCAUACAUUUUCAUACGACCAUUGUUUUGUUUCAUACGCAAACACCGCCAGAGCGAACCACGCCAGCCAGGCGACUGUUUUCAACAGCAUGGUGUCACCAUUGGUACAGAACGCCUUUGAAGGCUACAACGUCUGUCUUUUUGCCUACGGGCAGACGGGUUCGGGAAAGAGCUUCAGUAUGAUGGGCGAGUCAACUCUUUCGAACGAUUUAGCGCCGUCAGAAGAUGCUGGAAUAAUUCCCAGAUUCUGCUACGACUUAUUCUCAUUAGCCACUCGCAACAGUCACUACACAAUUGGCGUGGAGAUCAGUUACUUUGAAAUUUACAACGAGAAGAUCCACGAUCUGCUAGCAAACAAUUCUAGUGGUAAUGGAAGCAAACGAGCGCCUUUAAAAGUUCGCGAGCACCCGGUGUUUGGACCCUACGUCGUCGACUUGAGUCAGCACAGUGUCCAAAGCUACGAAGACCUUCAGAUGUGGCUGAAAGUUGGGAAUUCUCAGCGAGCUACUGCUGCUACGGGAAUGAACGAAAAGAGCUCGAGGUCACACAGCAUUUUUAGUAUUAUUUUGACCCAAGGCCCGAAAAAGUCUGAGUCUUCUAAUGUCUCCAGCUCUGCUGAAUCUAGUCGACGUAGUAAAAUAAACCUUGUUGAUCUUGCUGGUAGCGAACGACUGAGUCAAACUUGCGCAAGUGGUGAUAGAUUGCGGGAAGGAGUUUCAAUCAACAAAUCGCUGCUAAUCUUAGGAAAAGUAAUUGCAUCACUAGCUGAAAGUACUAGCAACAGAAAACGAGGGUUCGUUCCGUAUCGAGAGUCGGUAUUAACAUGGUUAUUGAAGGUAAGUUUAUAUUUUUAUUUAUUUUUUUAUAAAUAA